AUGGCGGCCAAGCGGUCGAGUUGGAUACCCUGGCAACUGUUGUGCCUGGCAACGCUGGCGGCAACAUUGGCAGCGGCAAUGGCAAUGGCAACCCUGCCAUAUGCCCAGGACAACGCCAUGGUAAUAGGCGAGCCGCUGGGCAGCUCCGAUGUGGGAGAUUUUCACGCCCAUUUGGAUGACCUGCAGACGGCCGAGUCGAAAAAGCACGAGGAUGAGCAUGAGGAAGAAGGUGAAGAGGAGUCUGGUGAGAAAAAGCAUAGCGAGCAUUACAAGGAGCAUGGCGAGAAGAGCAAAAAGGGUCACAAGCAUGGCGAACAGCAUGAGAAGGGCGAGAAAGGACAUCACGACAAGGAGGGCAAAAAGGGUGAGCAUGGCGAGGAGGAGGGACACGAAAAGAAGCACAAGCACUCCGAGAGCCACCACAAGAAGAAGAAAAAGGGUGAGAAGGGUGAAAAGGGUAGCGAAUUCGAGGAUCAUGGCUCCUAUAAAAAGGGUCACUCCAUCAAGGGUAAACACAAUGUUCACAAACUGAACGAGGAUAAAAAGGAGAAAAAGUACUACGACGAGGAUCACGACGAGGGCGGAGAGGAGAAGCACGGAGCCUUUGAGGAAGGCAAGAAGCACAAAAAGGGCAGCAGCUACAAAAAGGGCGAGCACAAAAAGGGCGGACACGAGGAACACUAUGGCAAAAAGGGCCACAGCAAAAAGGGACACAAGAAAAAGGGUCACAAGGGUCACAAGAAGAAGCACGAGGAGGCCAAGAAAUGGGGACACAAAAAGGAGCAUGGCAAAAAGGGCGGCGAGGAGCACAAGAAAAAGUGGCACAAAUCCCAGAAGAAGAGCAGCGAACACGAUCAUGGACAUCACUAA